UGAAAAUUUUCCAUUUCAACUUGGAUUGUCAAAUUGUCAAGAUGGUAAUCCACCGCAUCCGUUUCAAGAUGUUUCCCUGGUUGCUUCCGCUGAUGAUGGCCAUCCUUGCAGUCAAUGGCCACCACCAUCAUCAUAAUCAUCAUCGCCAAGCUCGGGCGGAUCCAGAGCUGAUCAGCGAGCUGGGAGUCCGGAAGGAUGGUGAAAAUGCCAUACCGGUGCAGGAGGCAAGUUUUUCGGAAUGCACUGAGCCCCAUUGCUCAAAAUUGAAGGAAUGGACUUUUCGUGCAAAACGAAGCGAGGAUAAAGACGAUGAUGAUGAGGAUGAAUCAGAAGCUGAAGACGAACCGGGCGAAUUAAGUGCUGCUGGUAGUGAACCCAAACCAGCUGUUCUCCCAGCAGAUACUGAUCUGAAGGAUAUGCCACUUCCUCCACCGGUUCAGGUUUUUCCCAACAUGCCGGAAAAUUUCCCUUAUCCUACCCUGGAUGUCAUUCAGCAUCCUCCCGUUCCGACAAGAUCGAGAAAGCGACCCGGGUUCAAAAGCCCCUAUCCAGUACCAUCAGCACCGAUGCCCCCUUUAGAAGAACAAACUACGCCCCAGAACCCAAUUCCGGCGGAAUCAACCCCGAGAGCAGUUGACGAUGCAAUUCAACUACCGCAGGAACCUGCUGCAGUGGUAGACUUGUCCGAUUUCAACGUUCCUGGAACAACUGAUGGAGUUGUUGAAAAUGCUCCACCUUUAGCUGAAGCCCCGGUUGUUGAAACAACACAAAUGCCGCAAGCUCCUCAAGUACCACAAACAACCGCUGCUGAUGACAACGCUGAUGUUGGACACCGUACCAUGAUCCCAGAAGAUUGGCGUUACUCGGUACAACCGAAACGGCGAUGCAAAACAACCCCAAGGCAGCCUUGUCGUCCUGGGGUCGGUCAAAGCAUGCCUCCGGCAGGAUUUGGCUCACCGGGUGCUCCCGCUAUGCCCGGACAAACUCCAGGCGGCGAAGAUGCGUGGAAAAUUGCCGAGCAAGCUGCAAUGGCUGAGCUCAAGCAAAGAGACGACCCUCCACCUGCUCCAGGUGCCCCAGCGGCAUCUUCUGCUGCUCGGGAUGGAUUCGCUGUAGUGGCUUUGGUGUUGGCGAAUGCUCUUUAUUGUCUAAUAUAAACAUUUAUGGUAAACAAUAAAUUAUUUAGAAUAAUGAAAGAAAAA